UAUUUACUCUUUUUUAGAUUUUUUAAGGAUAUUCCUUAAUUGGAUGGUAUUUUAUUUUUUUUUUUGUCAACAGAUGUGACAAAUGAAAUCAAUAAUCAAAUAGCAAUGGACAAGAUCGGUCGUAUGUUUGCGGUUGUGCAAGUAUGUGGAAAACAGUUCAAAGUAACAGAAAAUGACAUUAUCAUUGUUGAGGGAUUCUGGCCACCGAAUAUAGGCGAUCGUCUAAAGCUGGAAAAAGUGUUGCUCGUCGGCAGUACCGAUUUCACUCUUGUAGGAAGACCGCUCUUAAACAGAGAAUUAAUCUCGGUCGAUGUGACAGUUAUUGAAAAAACUUUAUCUCACACAAAAACUCGCUUUAGGUUUCGAAAGAGGAAACAAUAUCGCCGUAUAAAUUUCUUCAGAAUACAGCAUACAAUGUUGCGAAUUAACUGCAUAAAUAUAAAUGGAAACAUCGAUGAAAAGAAAGAAGUUGAAGGAUUAGACAGAGUGUAUUAACAAUAUAAUGUGUAUAUAUAUAAAUAAAAAAAAAAUACAAAUAUAUAUCUUCUGUACUAAGGAAAAAAAGG